GCCUGUCACCUGCUUCUUAAUCAUCUGAGCUCCGCCCAUUCUAUAGGUGCGAGCGUCAGGUAAACAUCGCGAGAUCUGAAAGACGAGGUUCGGUCAAAAUCAGAUGUUUGCGGAAAAAGUGGAUUUUUGAUUUCGCAUGCAAAAACAAAUGUGAUCGACGUACUUCAACCGAGACAUCUGGCAUUGGAUUUUAAAACUUCAAACAGCUGUGGUUGCAACAUCCCAAAAAUUGAAACAAUGAGCCAGCCAGCCAAAAACCAUCGAGCGCAGAGAGAGAGAAACGGAGGAGACAAUGGUGAGAAAAGAGAGAGAGAUCCUCGCAGCCGACGAGAUAAUCCUAAUGACCGACGGUCAGCCAGUGACAGGACGUCCAGCCGGUCAUCGAACUAUCCACGAGGUUCUCGGAGACAAGCAAGGAGUGUUCCUCGAGAGGAACAUGAUGAAUCAAAAUGCUCUAAUAUCUGCUCCAGGAGAGGUAUUGUGAUGAUAUGCGCUGUCAUGACCAACGCAUUGGUGCUUAUCUGCAUAGUGGCUGCUCACGUGUCACAGUUGGGCAUGUCUGCGAUGGGCAUGGGUGGCGGGAGCUUCGUUGACGCCAUGAUUCCUUUUGAAGGGACUGAGCUUCAGAAAGUACGUGAUCUUGACAUGCAGUAUGGACAAUUGAGAGCACCUGGAGUCUAUGGGGGCGUGGCCUUCAGCCUCACGCUCGGUUUAAUUUCACUCAUGUUUGUCGUGUCCAGCAGCAAACCCGACCACCGGAUUCCACGAAAGCUGAUGAACGCACAGUUUGUGUUCCAAAUAAUCGGUGCGGUGGGGUACGUGGUUGCCAUAGGUCUGUACCUGCAUUUUGUGAUUUCAGUAAACUCAACCGACAUUUGCCGUCAACGUGAGCGGCUUUAUGCCCGUAACGGAUAUACCUGGAUGAACUGUAACGUAAACGGAGGGGACGCAGCUGUCGCACUUUUUGGAAUCAUAACAGCAAUUUUGUACACCGCUGGGGCCGUUCUGACUGCUCAGACGAUUAGGGAUGUCGGUCGCUACUGUAAGGAGCGUGACCGUUACGAAGCAGAACAAAGAAACCAACCUAAACAUUCCCAGAGUUCACGUCUUCAUCCUGAUACUUAUGUCUAGCUUUUACACUAAAUCGUGGACUAUAUCCCAAACCCUCUGGACUUGAUGUACAUAAAAAAAUCCAAAAAUAUGUUUUUAAUUCUUUUUAAUAUUUUUGACUGUGAACAACUUGCUUUUAUAAUUUGUUUGUACAUAUGCGGUAAGCUUUGGACUUUAACAGACACUCAGGGUAAUUUGCUGUUAAAAUAUAUUUUUCAAUAAGUUUUCAGAUAAACUCUGAAUAUAAAAAGCAACUGUCUUUUAGCCAUAUGAAUAAAUAAUGAAUAAAAGCA